CACAGGGAAAAGAUCAAACUCUUCCUCGUAUUCACCCUAAUUUUUGACCUUAUUUCAUAUUUUAUUAUUUAUAACUUGUUACAACUUAUUUAUUACCCAUAAAAAGUAAGUACCUAAUUGAUUUGCUCAUUUCAAAUCUUUAAUAAUUUAUUAUUGCUGACUCUUAAUCAAGCUUUGUGGCUGGUGGGGCGACGCGCGUGCAGUUACCACUGGCGAGCUGCUACUGUCAUUAAAAGUGUUGACAGACGGUGACUCCUGCAAUGUGUCGGAAUAGCUAGCAGCCUACAGGAGAAACACGUAUGUUUGGUGAAUUUUUUUCACCAUAAAACUUAGAAAGAGCUUGACUUGGUGUGCAGCACGAAUUUUAGCAGAACUGGAUACAAAACAAACCGGAGCGUGGCAGUGCAUGAGAAGAUGGCGUGGCGGCGGCUCUGUGGUUUCAGGAAGCUCAGCAACAGGGAAUGAAAAUGAUGAUGUUGCAAGCAAGGAAGCAGAACUCUCUCGCUAUGCUGUUUCAGCACUUGACCAGCAGAAGCUACAUGCAUUUGGACUGGUAAAAAAUGAAAGCUCCCAUUCCUCUUUUGAUCCUGCUUCAUGCCGUUGUGGUCCAUUCCCUGAAAGUGGUGUCGAAGAGAGGCUCAGUGGAAGGCUGUACAGAUUGGUCAGUGGACUACCUGAAAUAUAAAGUGCUUCUUGGGGAACCUGUACGGAUUAAGUGUGCUUUGUUCUAUGGAUAUAUCCGGGCCAACUACACCCAUGCGCAGAGCGCAGGACUUAGCCUUAUGUGGUACAAAAGUGCAGGACAUGGUGACUUCGAGGAACCCAUCAGUUUUGACGGCACAAGGAUGAGCAAGGAGGAGGAUGCCAUAUGGUUUCGACCAGCAGAGUUGGACGACGUGGGGUACUAUUCCUGCGUAUUAAGGAACUCCACUUACUGCAUGAAGGUGUCCAUGUCUCUCACAGUGGCGGAGAAUGACACAGACCUCUGCUACAACUCCAAAAUGAGGUUCUUUGAGAAGGCAGAACUAAGCAAAAGCAAAGACAUCAGCUGCAUGAGCAUUGAGGAUUAUCUGCAGCCAGGAGUGGAGCCUGAGAUUGUGUGGUACAAGGAAUGCAAGCCAAAGCAGUGGAGACAAACCAUAGAAAGGAGGAGGGACACUCUAUCCAUCAAGGAAGUACUGGAAGAUGACAUUGGGAAUUACACCUGCGAAUUACAGUUUGGGAACUUUGUGGUACGGAGGACAACUGAGCUAUCCGUCACAGCCUCCAGGCCCUCACAGCAGUGCAAUGGGACAAAAGCUCCCCUGACAGACAAGCCGCCAAAAAUCCUUUACCCCUCGGAGAGCCAAAUGAGCGUCAUAGAGAUGGCAAUAGGAAGUCCUGUCAACCUGACGUGCAGAGCAUUCUUUGGCUACAGCGGAGACGUCAGUCCACUUAUUUACUGGAUGAAGGGGGAGAAGUUCAUUGAGGAUCUGGAUGAGGAGCGGGUUCAGGAGAGUGACAUCAAGACAAUCCGGGAGCACCUGGGGGAGCAAGAGAUUUCCAUCUCUCUGACCAUAGACUCUCUGGAGGAGAGCGACCUGGGCAACUACUCUUGCUACGUGGAGAACGGCAACGGGAGGCGACAGGCCAACAUCCAGCUCACCAAGAAAGCAGAGCUGAUGUACACGGUGGAGCUGGCCGGAGGUCUGGGAGCCAUCCUGAUGCUGCUGAUCUGUCUGGUGACGCUGUACAAGUGCUACAGGAUUGAGCUCAUGCUCUUCUACAGGAACCACUUCGGCAGUGAGGAUAUAGAUGGAGAUAACAAGGACUACGACGCUUACCUGUCCUACACUAAAGUGGACCCAGACCAGUGGAGCCAGGAGACCCGAGAGGAGGAGCGCUUUGCCCUGGAGAUCCUCCCCGACGUUCUGGAGAAGCAUUAUGGGUAUAAACUCUUCAUUCCAGACAGGGACUUGAUCCCCACAGGAAGUUUCACCAAUGAUCAUUUCCAGGAUGACACAAGACUACUUAGAGCCUAUAUCGAGGACGUAGCACGCUGUGUGGACCAGAGCAAGCGCCUCAUCAUCGUCAUGACACCCAGCUACGUGGUGCGGAGGGGGUGGAGCAUCUUUGAGCUGGAGACGAGGCUGCGCAACAUGCUGGUGACCGGCGAGAUCAAAGUCAUCCUGAUCGAGUGCGCCGAGCUGCGCGGCAUCAUGAACUACCAGGAAGUGGAGGCCCUCAAACACACCAUCAAGAUGCUGACAGUCAUCAAGUGGCGCGGGCCGUCCAGCAACAAGCUCAACUCCAAGUUCUGGAAGCAGCUGCUCUACGAGAUGCCCUUCAAGCGCAUGGAGCCCCUGAGCAUCUCUCACGAGCAGGUGCUGGACGUCAGCGAGCAAGGCCCCUUCGGUGAGCUCCAGACCGUCUCGGCCAUCUCCAUGGCGGCAGCCACCUCCACCGCCAUGGCGACGGCACACCCGGACUUGCGCUCCACCUUCCACAACUCUUGCCACACCCAGAUGAGGCAGAAACAUUAUUACCGUAGCUACGACUACGACCUGCCGCCCGGCGGUACGCUCCCGCCACUCCCACCGCUCUCCACGCUCUCCACGCUAGGCAGCCAGCACACCUACUGCAACAUCCCCAUGACGCUCAUCAACGGACAGCGGCCGCAGUCCAAGUCGCCGCGCCAGCAAAGUCUGGAGGAGGCCCACGGCAACAACGCCAUGCUGCCUCUGCUGCCCAGAGAGACCAGUAUAUCCAGCGUCAUCUGGUGACAGAGACGGUGCCGAGCGGGAUAGACUGUGGAUCUAUAUGAUGUCCGUCGCAGGGAGGACUCACCACUGGCACUUGAACCCUGAAUGCACCGGAGCCAGAUGGACCUGAAUGGCACUGAAGUACUUGCUGCUGUUGAAUUUGCACCAGGAAACAUCAGGGGCGGGGGGCAGGAAGGACACACUGGACACAUUGGGGAUGGAGUGAGUGGCAGAUGUUUUUGUUUUGGUCCAAUAAGAGCUUUUAUUGACACUGAACAACAACAAAAAGAAACAAGGAGAACUUUUCUAUGCCUGUAUAAACACUCACGUAACACAAGCCAACACCUAUGAUCAUUUACCCAGAAAGUCAAGGAAUACAGGGUCCUGUACAUACCGUUUUUCUAAUUCUUUGUAGCAUCAGUGUUUGGGACUUGUUUCUUCUUAUGUUUUAUCAUCAGUUGGGACUCUUUUUUUUUUUUCAGUUUGUACAAAAGUGAAGCAAUGGCCUGUGAGAUGUUUUGGAUAAACCGUUGUUACCUUUAUCUUAAUUUGUUGGCUGGUGCAGUAGUAAAGCUUUGGGAUUUUUCCGGGAAGGCAGGGUUAAAGCCGCAGCCUUCGGGAGAUGAGAAUGAUUUGGUUUUGGAUUUCCGGGAGUUUCAGCUCCACCGGCUGCUGUAAAGGGUUGAGAAUCUGGACUCAACCUGAAUAUGCAAAAUAUGGAGUCCAGAGAGCAGGGAAAGGAUGGGUUUCAUAAAUCGAUCAUAUUCGAAUGUUUUCGGAAAAGUCAUAUCUGUGAAAUGGGAUAUGAAUAAUUUGGUGCUAGGCUUCACAAAUCUCUGUUUCUCUCACGAUAACAUUUACUUAAAAAAAAAAACUAAAAAAAAACAGCCUUGCUAUUUACCUUAACAGAUGAUUAUAUCACCGAAAAAUUAAUUAUGUGUAUUAUUUUAUGAAAAAAGAAAAAGUCUAUUUUUGUAACUGAGGGAUAUUUGCUUUGAGAUGUUAUACCUAUAAAAUUUCUGAUGGAAUGAAUUGGGGAAACAUAAUAAAAAAGAACAAUGUUUUGUUAUGUGGAACUGCACAGCUCACAAAAAUCAAUAGGUCAUUCACUAAAUGUCUUACCCUUAUAUUGCAAGAGAAAAAAACGUUUGUUCUCAUCAUUAAAAAGAGGAGUUUUGACAUUUCAUACAAACCAUGGAUUGCAGCUCAGCAGGCUUUAUGUUUGUUGAUUUCACAGGCAUCGCAGCGAUUCACAGUUGAUUUAACAAGGACGGAGCUACGCUUUCGAUGAUGUCAGUACAGAUUGAGGAGAGGAAAGCCAUGCCAUCCAGUGUCACCUGAAGCAUUUAUUCUACCUGGUUUCCUCUGACGGACCAAACAAGGCUGUCCAGGGCUAAACAAGUAUCUCUGUUAUUCAUUUCCUCUUAAAUGACAGCUCUGUUAUUUGUUUGCCAUUCCCCUUGUCAGCGGAAAUGAUUUGUCAGUUGAGUUGUGCUCUUCGAUAAAUAAAGUAGGGCUUUCACAGCUUGGUUCUGAACACUCUAAGUCGGCACUGCUGCUUGGCACUGCUGUUGUGACGGGACCUAGGAAUAUAACGACCACAGUGAGUCCAUAAUGAGUCUCAAACACCUUUAAACAGUCGCUGACUUGAUGAUAAAGUUAUUGUUUAGUUAUUAAUAUAAAAAAUUAACAUUUUAAUGGAUGUAAUCAAUUAUAUUUUUGACCUACUGACCAGUAAUCAUCAUGGGGCAUAUUCUCCUCAACACCAGUAGCCUUUUAGAAUGAAACCCUUCCAAAUAAGAUGUAAUAAAUGCUUAAGAGAGACAAGAAUGUAUUUUAAAAUGCUAAUUAAAUCUUGGAGUAUAUGUAACUAUACUAUAGAAAUGCUACUUAGAGCAAGUUAGACCAAAGCGAACUACAGUGAACUAUUCUCAUUCACAAAAUUGUCCUUUUAUUCCUCUGAGGAAAGCUUCCUUCAUGACCGGUACUAUUUCAUCAAAUCACAUGAAAUGAGCUAUUCUCACAUAUCCACUCAGACCUGUGAAGACGGCCCGUGUACUUACUCCUGCAGCUGUGCCAUAUUAUUUGUUUUUCAAUAAACUAACCUCAUACUAAAAUACCUGCAGCAUCUCAUAACGUAGAGAUGUUUCAUUUAGUGCCAUAAAAUAUGCAAAGUGAUAAACUCGUAAACAAUAAAUGAAACAUGGUUGUUGUUUUUUUCCCCUUUAUCUUCUUGCAAUCUUCAGUUGUUGCUUUUUAAUUUUACUUUUACAAAAUAUUUCAGAACAGGCCUGUGUUGUUGUUUUUUAAAUUUCAAAGUGUUUGCUUUAUGCUGACAAAUUAGCAUUUUGGAGGAACGGUCAAGAUCUUUCAAUCAACCAAUAGUUAGUUAGAGCCAGGCCUGUUUUUAUCCACCUUAAUCAGACCUUUCCCCCUAUGAAAAGUAAGAUAUGCAUUAUGUUCAAGAGCACCAUUUCUAAAUAGAGGAGUUUGUUGUGCUCUAUGACAUAGCAUUGUGUAAAUAUAAUCAAAACAAUAACGUGAUUAAGAUGAAGACAAUCGAGCCAUAUUCAUGAAACCAAUGGUCAUUAUUCACAAGGCCUCUCAAAGUAGAAAUCCUAAUCCUGACUGGAGGUGAACACGUAGAAUCGAUGAGAUUUUGACAGGAGUUUGGCGUCAGGGCUCCUGCUUUGGGAAGCUGUGUGAAUAUAUUAUUUUAUAAGUGGGCCAAUACACAUUUUUGUUUCAUGACGAAUUGAACAUUUCUGGUGAUGUGGCUUUGAUGAUAAAGAUGAUGAUGAUGAUGAUGAUGAUGAUGAUGAUGAAUAACAAUGACAAUAUAUAGCACAGAAUUAUUCCAGGCACUUUCACGACUCUUGAGACGUCUCUCCUGAUUCUGAUUUAUUUUCUAUUAUGUAUCUGCAAUGUUCAUUAAAAGAGAUACUGUUAUUAUUAAUAAAACCACAUUUACGGUAA